UCUUUCUUUCCCUCUUUUAUCACUCAUUUAUCUUUAACAUUCCUAUUCACCUCUCCAUACGCGCUAACUCUCUUUCUCAUCUAUCUCUUUCUUUUUACUGAUCUUGUAUCCCACAUCGCAUACAGCAAACGCAAGACUUUAUCCAUCAUGGUCAAUACAAACACUCGAUACAGUACAAUACCUGUCUAUCUUGAACCAGAAGAAGAAGAAGAUCAGAACGGAAGGAGCCAAGAAGAGGUCUCUUUAUUGAAGUGCUCUCCACACUCGUCGUCUCCAUUCUGGAAACGACGACCCUGUCUUGGUAUUUUCAUCGCUAUCCUAAGUACAUUUGUCAUCACCUCCACCACCAUCACGCUUUACAAUAGAAAACAAACACAACAAGAAGCACCCAUUCUUCAAGGCAAGAAAAAUGUCAUUAUGAUGAUCAGUGAUGGCUUUGGACCUGCUUCAGAAACAUUUGCAAGACAGUAUUAUACAUGGCUCGGCAACCGAUCGGUGACUACCAUGCUACCUUUGGAUGAAAUCCAUAUUGGCCAUAGUCGUACCCAAAGUUCCUCCAGUCUCAUCACCGAUAGCGCAGCAGGCGCCACUGCUUUCGCAUGUGCGAAAAAGUCCUAUAAUGGAGCGAUAGGAGUGGAUCCACACGAAAUUCCCUGCGGCACAGUAUUAGAAUCGGCCAAGAUUCAUCAAGACAUGCUUACAGGUCUUGUCGUCACUUCCCGUGUCACUCAUGCUACCCCCGCUGCCUUCUCUUCUCACGUCGCUUGGCGUGAUUGGGAACCCUUGAUCGCUGAACAGCAAAUAGGUUUCAACCCUUUGGGUCGAACCGUCGAUCUCAUGUUUGGAGGUGGACGUUGUGAAUUUACACGCAACUCUUCUGCCAAUAGUUGUCGUGCAGAUGAUCGUGAUCUCUUUCAAGAAGCCCAAGACAAGUUUCAAUGGAAUAUCAUCUUGUCGAAAGAAGAAUACGAUCAAUUGAAUACGAAAAAUGUACAAUUGCCAUUAAUGGCACUCUUUUCAUCUGGACAUAUGGACUAUGAAAUGGAUAGAAAGCCAAAUGAACAGCCAGCACUUCAUGAAAUGACACGUAAAGCAUUGGACAUUUUAAAGGCAAAAUCAGAAGAACAAGACAAAGGAUUCUUUCUCAUGAUUGAAGGCAGUCGUAUUGAUAUGGCCGCUCACAAUAAUGAUCCCGCAGCCCAUUUCCAUGAAAUCUUGGAAUACCAAAGGACAGCUGCCCUUGUGAAGGAAUUUGUAGAAAACAAUCCUAAUACAGUGAUGAUUUCUACCAGUGAUCACGAAACCGGUGGUUUAACGGCUGGUAGACAAGUGGGCGAAGAUUAUCCAGAAUAUCUAUGGUAUCCCGAACGUCUGAGUCAUGUCGCCAACUCUUCUGAAGCAUUGGCUUUUGCUUGGGAUAUGGCUUGUCAUAAAAAAGACGUAGACGAACAAACCAAUAUGGAUUACUUGAGAGAAAUAUUGAUUCGUGCAGGUCUAGGCAUUCAUGAUGCUACCAUCGAAGAGAUUGAAAAGAUCAAAGGUUGGAUCACUGCCAACAAGACCGUCUAUGAUUUGGCCUAUAUGUUUUCUGACAUGACCUCCCAACGAGCAUUGAUUGGUUGGACGACUCAUGGUCAUACCGCUGUCGACGUCAACUUGUACGCUAUGGGUCCCGAGACAGAAGCAUUAAGAGGAAGUCAUGAAAACAUUGAAAUCGGUGAAUUCAUUUCAAAGUUCCUCGGUUUGGACUUGGACGAUGUUACCAAGCGCUUGGUAGAUGGAAGGUAAAAACCAAAAAAAAGAACCCACCGCAUCCCAUGGAUCAAUAGAAACGGAUAGCUAAAAAGGAGCAUGGGCU